AUGUCUGGUAUUAUUGAUGCUUCAUCUACCCUUAGGAAGCGUAAGCAUUUAAAAAGAGGUAUUAGCUUCACGUUGAUGAUAGUAGGCCAAUCAGGAUGUGGUAGAUCAACUUUUAUCAACACAUUGUGUGGUCAACAAGUCGUUGACGUUUCAACAACAGUUAUGUUGCCAACUGAUACUUCUACAGAAAUUGAACUGCAAUUAAGAGAGGAGACUGUAGAACUAGAAGAUGAUGAAGGUGUGAAAAUUCAGCUUAAUAUCGUUGAUACACCCGGUUUUGGUGAUUCCUUAGACAAUAGGAAGUCAUUUGAUAUUAUUUCUGAUUAUAUUCGUCACCAAUACGAUGAAAUAUUGUUGGAAGAGAGUAGAGUUCGUAGAAAUCCGAGAUUCAAAGAUGGUAGAGCACAUUGUUGUCUGUAUAUGAUUGUGCCUACUGGCCAUGGUUUAAAAGAGAUGGAUAUUGAGUUUAUGAGACAAUUAGGUACAUUGGUUAAUAUUAUCCCUGUGAUUAGUAAAGCCGAUUCUUUGACCCAAGAAGAGCUAAAAUUGAAUAAAAAAUUAAUAAUGGAGGAUAUUGAUCGUCAUAAUCUACCAAUUUAUAACUUCCCAUUUGAUGAGGAAGAUAUAAGCGAGGAAGAUUAUGAAACAAACACGUAUCUGCGCUCGUUACUUCCUUUCUCUGUUAUCGGUUCUAAUGAGGUUUUCGAUGUCGGUAACUCUACAAUGAUUAGAGGUAGAAAAUAUCCAUGGGGUAUGCUAGACGUGGAAGACACCAGCAUUUCUGACUUUGUUGUACUAAGAAAUGCUUUGUUAAUCUCACAUUUACAUGACUUAAAGGACUAUACACAUGAAGUGUUAUACGAAAGAUACAGAACAGAAGCACUAUCAGGGGAAACUAGUUUCAAUUUUAGAAAUGAUAUUCCACCGCAAUCACUUCCAAGAGGUGAUGUAUCACAUUUACCUCAUGGAUCGCAAUCGCCUAUGCCACCUUCUUCGCAAAGUAUCACUGGACAAGAUGCAUCCUCCAGCGACACAUACACUGCACGUGAAGAACAAAUACGACUAGAGGAAGAAAGACUAAAGGCAUUUGAAGAAAGAGUUCAACAAGAACUAAUAUUAAAGAGAAAGGAAUUGCUUCAAAGAGAGCAAGAACUUAGAGAAAUUGAGGAGCGUCUAGAAAGGGAAGCAAAACAAAAGCAAGAACAGGCAUACUAA